AUGAUGCUCCGACGAGGAUUUAUUCUAUUUCUCCCCCGACUCGUAGGCCUGCUGGUGGUGGCCUGUUGCUCAGUGUCUAUUGUUUAUAUGUUGGCUUGCACACCUAAGGGUGACAAACAGCAGCUUGCCUUGCCCAGGGCGCACAGCCCGACUGUGAAGGAGGGAUAUGAAGCCAUUCUGCAGGAGCGAGAGGAGCAACACCGCAACUACAUCAUCAGCUUGAAGAAACAAAUUGCUCAGCUGAAGGCUGAGCUCCAGGGCAGGGGCGAGCUGCUUAAGAACGUGCAGGACCAGUACCCAGACCCCUUGGACAUUCGGCUUGACCACAGUAACCCGGAGAAGGCCCAGACUAACUUGCUGGCUUUCCUCCACUCCCAAAUAGACAAAGCAGAGGUGCACAGUGGAGUUAAGCUGUCCACGGAGUAUGCGGCCGUGCCCUUUGAGAGCUUUACUCUGCAGAAGGUGUACCAACUGGAGACAGGGCUGACACGUCACCCAGAAGAGAAACCUGUAAGGAAGGAUAAGCGAGAUGAGUUGGCAGAGGUGAUCGAGUUAGCUGUUGGGAGUUUGAACAAUCCAGAGGGGGACAGCAAUGCAAAACACCGGGUAUACACAGCCUCUGACUUCGUUGAAGGGAUCUACCGCACAGAAAAAGACAAAGGCACGUUGUAUGAGCUGACUUUCAAAGGAGACACGAAACAUCAGUUCAAGAAGAUUGUUUUAUUCCGACCAUUCGGUCCUGUAAUGAAAGUGAAAACCGAAAAUGUCAAUAUGGCUGACACACUUAUUAAUGUCAUUGUGCCGUUGGCCAAGAGAGCCAGCAAAUUUCGGCAGUUCAUGCAGAAUUUCAGGUGGGUUUCCAUUCCAGACGGGAGAAUUCACCUCACUGUAGUUUACUUUGGAAAAGAACAAGUGAAUGAAGUCAAAUUGAUACUUGAAAACACCUCCAAGUCAGCCAACUUCAAGAACUUUACCUUCAUCCAGUUGAAUGAAGAAUUUUCCAGGGGCAAAGGAUUAGACAUUGGUGCUCGAUUUUGGAAAGGAAACAAUGUUGUUCUCUUUUUUUGCGAUGUGGACAUAUACUUCACAGCUGAAUUCCUGAACUCCUGUAGAUUGAACACACAGCCAG